AUGGGCGUCCUGGGCCGGGGCCCAGAGCGGGUGAGGGGCGCAGCCGAGAGGAAGAUGAGAGUGAACACACUGGGCAGCACCACAGCGGUGCCCGGGCCCCAGGGAGGGAACCCGCGUGGUAGCCGCGCCCACACGGCAGGAGCCACGGAAGUUGCUUGGUGCAGAAAUUUCAGGUCCUGGGGAAUUUGCAGCCGCACCUGGGCACAGGCGCGCGGCCGCCCCGGGGAGCCCCUGGCCGCAGCCUCAGCCGCUGGCGACGCGGGCUGGCCCAACAAGCACACGCUGCGGAUCCUGCAGGACUUCAGCUCCGACCCUUCCUCCAAUCUUACGUCCCACUCGCUUGAGAAGCUGCCACCCGUGGCUGAACAGGCUGAGGGCGCCUUGCAGGGGCAGGAUCCCGGUGUCCCGCCACCCCAAGACCCUGCUCACCGGCCACUGCUCCGAGACCCUGGCCCACAUCGGCCGGAGGCAUCCCCUGGCCCGAGCGGGGACGGCGCCCUCCUGGCCAGGCUGUUCCAACACCCCCUGUACCAGGUUGCCGUUCCGCCGCUAACGGAGGACGACGUCCUCUUCAAUGUGAACAGUGACAUCAGAUUCAACCCCAGGGCGGCGGCGGCGGCAGAGAACCCUGACUGGCCACACGAAGGUCCUGAGGAUGAAGAAUUCCUGCCUACAGGGGAGGCGGCCGUGGACUCCUACCCCAACUGGCUCAAGUUCCACAUCGGCAUCAACCGCUACGAGCUGUACUCCAGACACAACCCUGCGGUGGAUGCCCUGCUGCGUGACCUCGGCACCCAGAAGAUCACCAGUGUCGCCAUGAAGUCAGGGGGCACGCAGCUGAAGCUCGUCAUGACGUUCCAGAACUACGGACAAGCGCUGUUCAAACCCAUGAAGCAGACGAGGGAGCAGGAGACGCCUCCUGACUUCUUUUACUUCUCUGACUACGAGAGGCACAACGCAGAGAUCGCUGCCUUCCACCUGGACAGGAUCCUGGGCUUCCGCCGUGUCCCUCCCGUGGCCGGCAGGAUGGUCAACAUGACCAAGGAGAUCCGGGACGUCACACGAGACAAGAAACUGUGGAGGACCUUCUUCAUCUCCCCAGCCAACAACAUCUGCUUCUACGGGGAGUGUUCCUACUACUGCUCCACGGAGCACGCGCUGUGCGGGAGGCCAGACCAGAUAGAGGGCUCGCUGGCAGCCUUCCUGCCGGACCUGUCACUGGCCAAGAGGAAGACCUGGCGGAACCCCUGGCGACGCUCAUACCAUAAGCGCAAGAAGGCAGAGUGGGAAGUGGACCCCGACUACUGCGAGGAGGUGAAGCAGACGCCCCCCUACGACAGCGGCCACCGCAUCCUGGAUGUCAUGGACAUGACCGUCUUUGACUUCCUCAUGGGGAACAUGGACCGCCAUCACUACGAGACCUUCGAGAAGUUUGGGAACGAGACGUUUAUCAUCCACUUGGACAAUGGAAGAGGGUUUGGGAAACAUUCCCACGAUGAGCUUUCCAUCUUGGCGCCUCUACAGCAGUGCUGCAGGAUUAGGAAGUCCACCUACCUGCGGCUGCAGCUUCUGGUCAAGGAGGAGUACAAGCUCAGCCUGCUGAUGGCCGAGUCCCUGCGGGGGGACCGUGUGGCCCCCGUCCUGUACCCGCCGCACCUGGAGGCGCUGGACCGGCGGCUGCGCGUGGUGCUGCAGGCAGUCAGGGACUGCGUGGAGAGGGACGGGCUGCGCAGCGUCGUAGAGGACGACCUGGACCCCGAGCACAGAGUCUCCGCCGGGAGGUAGUGACCACGAGCCGCGGCCAGUGCCGAGGGAUGUGGGAGGCUGGUGAACUCAGGGCCACCAGGCUGCCCCGAGGACGCCAGGGCCCUCGCGGCAGGUCCACGGGGCGCGUCUUCUCCGGGUCCAGACCAGAACAGACCUGGAGGGCACGUUUCUCGCCCACGGACAGAGCGGCCUGGCGGCGGACGACCCACCCUUUUUAUAUGGAGAGGAAGCCUUUAUUUACUAUUUUGUAUUUAUACCUGGUGUAAAUGUACAUAAAUGGAGACGUCUGUGCAGACCCCGGACCCCUUCCCGAAUCACGGAGGCCACUCCGCCAGCGGCAGGGUCGCUGUGACGUGCUCCCACGUGGGUCCGACCUACAGCAGAACCUCUCCUCCCUUCCUGGGGCUGAGUUCCAGGGGCUGGGACUCGUCACAGCUGCCGGAGGCUCCUGAGGGCCCUCAGGGACACACAUCGACAGACGAACACCGUAGCGUUUCGGGGCUUGGCUGCCGGGCUGUCCAUAAUCUGACUUGCUCUGGAAGCUGUGUCCAUAAGGCACACUGCUACGGCCGGGCCGCUGGGGUACCUGCGCAGAGUUUCCAUGGAAUAGUUUGCAAUGUGGUAAAAGUGCAAUAAAGAUUCAGCAAGUGUGUGCAGGG